UCCACUGCUGUAUCUGCCUGCUAGCUGGAGUGUGUCUGUAUGUUUCAUACACAUGUUGGACUAUGCCCUUGGACUUUACCUUUGGACUACCUGAGUUAGUUUACCUGGCUUUCAGCUGUUGCCAGGUUUUUCCACAAGUACCGCCUCUGACCUGCUGGAGUUCACCUGUCUCUGGGUGUUGACCUGUGUAUAUCUGACUGACUGGGAGUUACUACCUCUGUUGGAGUUCACCUGUCUCUGGGUGUUGACCUGUGUAUAUCUGACUGACUGGGAGUUACUACCUCUGUUGGAGUUCACCUGUUAGAGGGAGCUCAGCUGUGUAUCAACACGUGCCUCUCUGCUACUGGAGUUUAUUUGUGUGAAGGAGUUUACCUGUGUGAAGGAGGUUUACCUGUGUGAAGGAGUUUACCUGUGUGAAGGAGGUUUACCUGUGUGAAGGAGUUUACCUGUGUGAAGGAGGUUUACCUGUGUGAAGGAGGUUUACCUGUGUGAAGGAGUUUACCUGUGUGAAGGAGGUUUACCUGUGUGAAGGAGUUUACCUGUGUGAAGGAGGUUUACCUGUGUGAAGGAGUUUACCUGUGUGAAGGAGGUUUACCUGUGUGAAGGAGUUUACCUGUGUGAAGGAGGUUUACCUGUGUGAAGGAGUUUACCUGUGUAAAGGAGGUUUACCUGUGUGACGGAGUUUACCUGUGUGAAGGAGUUUACCUGUGUGAAGGAGUUUACCUGUGUGAAGGAGGUUUACCUGUGUGACGGAGUUUACCUGUGUGAAGGAGUUUACCUGUGUGAAGGAGGUUUACCUGUGUGAAGGAGUUUACCUGUGUGAAGGAGGUUUACCUGUGUGAAGGAGUUUACCUGUCUGACUGGAACACCUGUUGGAAUUCUGACCAACUAAUUCUUUGGAGCUUCUCUCUCCUGCUGGGGUACACUUACCUCAGAGCAGAGACCUGCAUCCUCCAGCUGUGUGUGUGUGUGUGUGUGUGUGUGUGUGUGUGUGUGUGUGUGUGUGUGUGUGUGUGUGUGUGUGUGUGUGUGUGUGUGUGUGCCAGGAUGAUGGAAGAAGUGUCUAUCAGGGUGGCAUUUGACUCCCACAUCAUAGACCAGAUGGCAGAGGAGGAGAUACUGGCCUGCCUGAUGGCCGAGUCUAUACCCAAACACACGGUUCCCAGUAAGAAGGCCACGCUGAGAGAUAACCAGCCGCAACAACAGGAUGACCACAUAGACAGAUACCAGAGGGAGAACCGUCAGCUGCAGCAGGCCAGUCUGCGUCUGGAGCAGGAGAAUGAUGUUCUGGCCCACAGACUGAUCACCAGCAAGAUCUCCCUGAGGACCGACCUGGAUCAGGCGGAGGACAGAGUGGAUGAGCUGACCAAAGAGCUGCUGAAGACCAGAAAGAAAUUGAAGAAUGCAGAGGAAGAGAAGAGAGGGAAGGAGGAGGAGGCUGCUCAGUUGAAGGAGGUGUUAAGGACAAAGCUGGACAAGGCUGAUCCAGAGGUGAAGAGGAGCUCAGGCAUCAUCUCAGACUACAAACAGAUCUGUUCCCAGCUGACCAGUCGGGUGGAGAGGCAGCAGGCGGCCCACAGAGAGGACCUGGACAAACUCAGGAAUGCUGUGCUGGCGUGCUCUCGCUGCCGACAGGCUCUAGAUUCUCCUGUUAUGGAAGGCUCCGGUUCCACAGCCCCGUACCAGAGAAGAAUCAGCACCAGAGAACCAGGCCAGCAGAGAGACCAGGAAACAGAACCAGACCAGCAGACGACUGGUACCAGAGAACAAGACCAGGAGAAGGUGUGUCUGAGUGGCCAGGUCACAGAGCUGGAGAAGGAGCUGGCCCAGACUAAACUACAGAUGGUGGAGGCCAAGUGCAAGAUCCAGGAGCUGGAACACCAGAAGGGGGUGCUGCAACGUGAUCUCCAGACAGCUAGGAACAGCUGGCUCACUAAGACUAUACGGUCAGCCGGAGGGGGUCUGCAGAGCAGCAGCCUACCCAGGGGGAGAGCCUCUGCAAUGGGGCGUUCUCUACAUGGACUCCCCCUCUCAGCCUGGAGCUCCAGGAGACUGUCAUGGGCCCCCAGGAAGGACCGGGGGGGAGAUGUCUGACAUGGAAGAGAGGGGGAGAGACAGCAAGAGGACAUACUGAGAGUAUAGAUAAUAUGUAUUGGAAUGAUUAUACAUGUCUCUUGGUGAUUGUUUGUUUCUGCAUUCUAGUGCCUAUUUUGGUUUUAUUUGUUAUUGUCAAAAACAGAUUUGGAUACAGGAGUUUUAUGUAUGUUUUAUGUAUUGCUUUGCUCUUAAACUCCAAACUGGUAACACUUG